CGAUUAGACACCAAUACCUGAAAAAAAUAAACCCUUUCCAGUCCUCGCUCUUCGUUCUCUCGGAGGAAUGCGCUGUUAUGUGAUUUUCUUGCACCAUCAUUGUUUCGUGGGUUUUCUAUAUGUUCCUUUUCGUGGGUAAGUGUUUUGAUCCUCCGUUUGUUGCGAGUCUAGGUUGGUCAGAAAUUUGAUCCUUCGUUUGUUGCAAGUCUAGGUUGAUCAGGAGUAGGACUCUUGAUGAACCCUUUUAAACUCGGAAAACCGUUAUUAAUUGAAUUUCUUCUUUCCUAAUUUUUUUCGUAAUUAUGCACCGUAUCGAUUCUCCGGUUUUCAUCUCGAUUGCUUGAUCCGGGGUUGUGUGAUUCUGUUAUUUGCCUGGUUUGGCCUUUUUGUGAUUGUGAUUGAUCACACGUGUUUGAAGUUGGUCCCAAAUAAGCCAGAAGACAAAAAGAUGAAAUCUUUGCAUUCAGAUUGGUAGAGUUCGGUCAUCAGCAGCACAGGGUGCAGGGAUCUUUGUGAAUUCUUAGGAAUAAAAUCGGAAUAAUGGCGAGGAAUAAGGAGAAAGACAACCCUGAAUGCCGCUUAAAUUCUCCGGUGCUGACAUCAAUGGCUGACUCAUCAAUCAGCCUGUUGAAACUCAUCUCGAUCUUGAUAAUUUUCGUGGUGGGUGUAGCUAUAGGACUGGUCUCUAGCUCCAACAUCAACAGGUACUUCACAUUCCACGACAACUACAAAAACACGUAUUUUGAUACCGGGCAAUUUAGCCAUGAUGGCUGGAGAGUAGUAGUGAAUUACGAGAGGGAUGUUUGCCUGAGCACUGACCGGUUUGUAAAGCCUAGAAAUCUCGACCAUCAGUUGACGGACGAUGAGUUGUUUUGGCGGGCCUCAUUGGUGCCCCAAAAGGAAGAGUUUCCCUUCAGGCGGGUGCAUAAGGUGGCCUUCAUGUUCCUCACACGAGGGCCUCUGCCAAUGUUGCCGUUGUGGGAGAGGUUCUUCAGUGGACAGGAUGCCGAAAAGUACUCGAUAUACGUGCAUGCUCUUCCUGGGUUCGAGCUCAAAGUGGAUAAUACGUCUGUUUUCUACAGGCGACAGAUCCCGAGUCAGCACGUGGAAUGGGGAUCGAUAUCAUUGAUCGAUGCCGAAAAACGUCUGCUAGCCAAUGCCCUCCUCGACUUCUCGAAUGACCGUUUUGUCCUCCUCUCAGAAAGCUGCAUCCCAAUCUACGACUUCCCAACCGUCUACAAAUACCUCACCACCUCCAAACACAGCUUCGUGGAGUCUUACGAUACACCAACACGCUACGGACGAGGCCGCUACAGCCGGCGCAUGAAUCCGGACAUCCAUCUGUCCGAAUGGCGCAAAGGGUCCCAAUGGUUCGAAAUGCAACGUGGCUUGGCCAUCAAGAUAGUUGCUGACACAAAGUACUAUUUGCUAUUCAAGAAGUACUGCAAGCCCUCUUGCUACCCGGACGAACAUUACAUCCCGACUUAUAUAAGGAAAUUUCAUGGUGAAUUGAAUACGAACAGGACAGUGACUUAUGUGGAUUGGUCGCAGCUGGGCCCGCACCCAGCGACUUUCAUGGCUGAGAAUAUUACUGAGGGGUUUUUGGAGUCGCUCAGGAAUAAUGGCACUUCGUGCUCGUAUAAUAAUGGGGAGACGGCUAUUUGCUAUCUUUUUGCGAGGAAGUUUGAUCCGAGUGCUUUGGAGCCGUUGAUGAAUCUGACAUCGCAAGUUAUGGGAUUUUGAAGAGUAUUGGUUCUUGUGAUAGUNU